GCACAAUACCUGACGCUGCCGCUACCAUCAACGCGCCUCCGCAUACUUGCGCAAGUUGCAACUGCGUCUUGCAAGCAGACUACUAGUAGGAGUGCUGCAAUUCCUCCACCAGAAUCAGUCGCAAUUGUAUAGCACUUAUCAGUGGGGAUGCCGGGGAAGGCACCGGCAAGCAGUGGCGGCGCCAUGGUGAACAGGAAACAUAAGCGAGCGAAGACCGACGGCGUUCGCGACGACGCUGGUGCUGGAGCAGCCGAUCCAACCAGCGCUAAUGCCACUGCAGCGCCGCGCGUGAAGGCGCAGCCUUUCAAGAAGGCCCGUAAAACCCCGGCGAUGGCAUCGCAACCAGACGACGCUGCCACCGCGAACGACGCCACGGCUGCUGCGCGCGCACCGGCGAGGAAGAAGAAGCGCGGCAACUUCUGGGACAAACUUUCUGGCUGGAAGGAAGUAGAGGUUGGCGAUGACUUCCUGCUAGGCGCCGAGGAGGGCGGCUUCGCUGGCCUUGAAAUCCUAGACGACCCUGCUGUGCUCGACCAAUACAUGCUAGAGGGCCAGCCUGGGGCCGAGGAAAGCGGCGACGGCGGUGAUUUUAACGAUGGUGACGACGGCAAUGACGGCGACGCUGAUGUACGACAGGCCGAGGAAGCCGCCGCCGUGGAUCCAGUUGCUGACGCGGCGGCUCCGAAGAAGGAGAAGACGAAGAAGGAGAAGAAGCCUAAGAAGGGUAAGGACGUGGCGGCGGCAGCUGAGGCGGCGGGUGACGGAGGCGAAGCCGCCGCUGAGCCCGCUGCAGCGGAGGCGGCAGCCGGCGAGGGUGCUGCCGUCGUCGACGCCGCCGCCGCUGCAGCAGCGGCAGAGGAGCGCAAGCGCAAGCAGCGUGAGCGCAUGAAGGCCAAGAAGGCUCGGCGGAAGGAGCGGCGGAUGCAGCGCCUGCAGGGCGGCGAGGGCGGCUCCGCUUCCGGGGACGAGGGCGACGGCGGUGCCAGCGAGGAUCCCGACGUGGCGGCGGCAGCUGAUGGGCAGGAAGGGGCCGCCGCGGGGGCCGCUGCCCCGCCGGCCAAGCGGCGGAAGCAGGAGCCUGCUGCUGCUGCCGCUGCGGCGGCGGCUGAGGCGCCAGCAGCAGCUGCCAGCGGUGGCGCCGCCAAGCCAAAGCCCAAGCAGCCACAGCCGCAAUCAAAGCAGCAGGAGGAGAAGAAGAAGCCGCAGCAGGAGAAGCCACAAAAGGCCCAGCAGAAGCAGGAACCCGUCGACGCGGAAGGUCAGGACGACGAGGAAGAGGAGGAUGCUGCAGCGUCCGAGGAGGCCGAAGCGGCAACUGAGGAGGAGGCGGAGGCGGAAGAGGACCACCCCACAGCAGUUGUGGAGGAGGAGGAGGAGGAGGAGAAGGAGCCUGUUGACAUGAGCGCCUGGGAGGAGUUUGAACUGCACCCCUCCGUGGUUUCGGGGCUGCAGAUCUGCGGUUUCGGAGCUCCCACGCCCAUUCAGCGCGAGUGCCUGCACCCCGCUAUUCGCGCCCGCGCUGACAUCAUCGGUGCGGCACAGACGGGAAGUGGCAAGACGCUGGCGUUUGGGCUCCCCAUCUUGCACAUGUUGGCGACGGAACGGGCGGCAGCGGAAGCGGCGGCAGAGCGGGAGCAGGAGGAGGAGGAGGAGGGGAAGGAGCAGGAGGAGGGGCAGGAGGAGCAGGUGCAUGGCAGCAGCGAGGGGGAUGAUGGCGAGGUGCUGACGGGGACGGAGGAGGGCGAGGAGGAGCGGGACGAGGAGAUGCAGACUGCGGAGGAGAGCGAGGAGCAAGAGGAGGAGGAGGUGGAGGCCGCACCUGCCGCCACUGCCACUGCGGGCGGAAAGCGUGUCAGCAAGCGGCAGCAGCGGCAGCAGCGGCAGCAGCAGCAGCGGGGUAAGAGAGGGAAGAAGCAGCAGCAGCAAAAGAAGAAAAAGGGGAAGCAGCAGCAGCGGCGGCAGCAGCAGCAGCAACAGGCGUGGCCCAAGCCCGUGCCUGGACCCCUGCGUGCCCUCAUCCUGACUCCCACCCGCGAGUUGGCUAUGCAGGUGUGCGCCCACCUGCAAACCAUCGGCCGCCCCUGCGGCGUGCGUGUUGCGGCCAUCGUGGGCGGCAUCAGCGACGUGAAGCAGGCGCGACUGCUGGCAGCCCGGCCCGCAGUGCUGGUGGCCACACCGGGCCGCCUGUGGGACCUCAUGUGCAGGCCCCCCAGCACCGACCGCCACGGCCCCGCUGCCGCCGCCCACCUGGCCAACCUGACCUCGCUGUCCUUCCUGGUGCUGGAUGAGGCGGACCGCAUGGUGGCGCAGGGACACUACAAGGAGCUGUCCAACAUCCUGGACCUGCUGCCCCACCCCACCCACGCGCGGGAGGUGACGGAGGACCCCGAGUUCGCGGAGCUCAAGGCCGCAAAGCAACAGAAGCAGAAGCAGGAGGCGGCCGCUAAGGAGAAGCAGGCUGGUUCUGAGGAGGAGGAGCAGGAGGAGGAGGAAGGCGGCAGUGGCGAGGGCGAGCAGUCGGAGGAGGCAGACGCCAUGGAAGAGGCGGAAGAAGAAGAAGAGCAGCAGCAGCAGCCGGAGGAGGAGGAGGAACAAGAGGAGGAGGAGCAGGACGAGAAGAAGAAGGGCAAGGGCAAGGCCCACCUGUUGCAGACGUUUGUAUUCUCCGCUACCCUCACCCUGCCGCUGUUCCUCAAGAAACGUCUGCGUCGCGGCGGCGGCGGAGCGGGUGGGGGUGCGGCCACCCUGGAGUCGCUGAUGGACCGGGUGCCCUUCCGCACCUCGCCCGCACCUCGGGUGGUUGACCUGACCACGGAGCGGCGCAUUGCGGAACGAGUCACGGAGGCAGCGGUGAGCUGUCUGGAGGCGGAGCGCGACGAGGUGCUCUACUACCUGCUCGCCCGCCACCCGGGUCGCACCCUGGUGUUUGCAAACGCGGUGUCAGCCAUCCGGCGGCUGGGGGCGCUGCUGAAGCUGCUGGGGCUGCCGGUGCAGCCGCUGCAUGCGCAGCAGCAGCAGCGACAGCGCCUGAAGGCGCUGGACCGGUUCCGCUCCAACGACCAGGCCGUGCUUGUGGCCACCGAUGUGGCGGCUCGCGGUCUGGACAUCCCCGGCGUCACCACCGUCAUCCACUACCAGCUGCCCGCCUCGGCAGAUACCUACAUCCACAGGUGCGGUCGUACGGCUCGUGGUGUGUCAGGUGACGGCAUCUCCAUCGCACUCGUCACGCCGCGGGAGGCGCCCCGGUUCGCGGGACUAGCCCGAGUGCUGGGUCGGGAGCCGCCGCCGGCCUUCCCGGUGGAGGCGGCGCUGAUGCCGCAGGUUCGCGCGCGCGUGCGGCUGGCCAUGCGGCUGGACGACAUUGAGCGCAAGGAGCGGAAGAACCGCGCGGAGGAUUCAUGGAGGCGAUCCAAUGCCAAGGCGCUAGGCUUGGAUGUGAGUGACGACGAGCAGGGCGGCAGCGGCGGCAGCGACUCGGACGGUGAGGGCGGCGGGCGGCGGCUGCGCAACGGGCGGCAGUCGCGCCCAAGCGCCGAGGCGGUGUCCCUGAGGCAGCAGCUGGCGGCCCUAACGGCGGAGCCGCUGGCGCCCAAGAUGAACCGCAGGUACUUCACGGGCGGUCUCGCGGCUGCCGUCGCCACACGCGUCAAGGAGCCCGCCGCCGCACCCCGGCCGCCCUCCAAGGCACCCGCCGCCGGCUCCACCGCCGAGGUGCCCGGCGCUGCUGCCGCGGCGGUACCCCAGGCCGUCGCCCUGGCAUCCCGGCUGCAACAGAGCCGCGAGGCGGUCGCCGCUGCCACCGCUGAGGCAAGCAAGAAGCGUGCCAAGAAGACCGCAGCUGCGAAGAAGGCGGCGGCGGCGGGCAAGGGGGCCCCCGCCGGUCGGAAGCUCGACCCGCGGUUGAUUGUGAGCCGCAACCAGCUGAAGAAGAAGCACCAUCGUGGCAUGGUGGUGAUUCCGCAGGCGUUUGGGCGGGA